UAACUUUUUAUUUUUUAUUUUUAAAUGGGUUUGGAGAAUUCCUGGGUUGCCAAAGCUAAUCUCCCUCUUUUUCUUCAAGCAUAUAUAAGCAGCUUUCGAUACCAACAUUGCCAUUUUUCCAUCUUCUAAGUAGUAGGUCCCUUUAAUUACUUGGGAAAUCUGAUAUAUUUACGCCAGAGCGAUGUCGGACGACGUUGAAGAUAAUUUCUUGGGCUCACUCCAGCCAACGAAUAUGGUCAUAGCUGCUGAAGAGGCGAACAAGAGUCUGCAUACGGAAGAAAGAGCUACUUCUAGUUUAGAAGUUUCAUCCGAUGAAAAUCAGAGGCAGAUAGGCAAAAAAUUAUUGGUUUUAUUAUCAAAAGAAAUUGGUCAAGGCACCGAUGGGACUAUUGUCUAUGAGGGAUUUUAUGAAAAUAGAGCGGUCGCAGUGAAACGCAUUCUUCAAAGUCAUAUUAAACUAGCUGACAAGGAAAUCGCAAAUCUCAUAGAAUCAGUCCGUAGCCAAAAUAUUGUAAAGUAUCAUGCGGUGGAACGUGACAUAAAUUUUAUAUAUCUUGCUUUGGAGCGCUGUGACUGCAAUCUGGAUGAACUCAUCCAAAUGCAUUCUACAAAUUCCUCUCAGUAUGAACCUGUAUCAACUCAGCACAACAAAGAUGGUCGCUUGGAGAAAUUUAAGAAUAAGCUAGGAGAUGUAAAGCUUUGGAAAGAAAAUAAUGGUCGUCCAUCACCUUUAUUACAGAAAUUAAUGAGGGACAUGAUUUCUGGGCUUGUUGUUCUUCACAAUUCACAUAUAGUUCACCGCGACUUAAAGCCCGAAAAUAUUUUAAUAAUUCAAGAAAGCUCAACUAUAUGUGCAAAGCUUUCUGAUAUGGGUAUCAGCAGACGUCUUUCUGAAAAUAACUUCUCCUUGAGUAACCAUUCUUCUGGUUACGCCGCUACUGGGUGGAAGGCGCCUGAACAGCUUCUUCGCGGACAACAAACGAGUGCAAUGGAUUUGUUCAGUUUAGGUUGCAUCCUCUUUUUUUGCAUCACUCGUGGUAGGCAUCCAUUUGGGGACCAUGAUGAAUGUGUUGGGAAUAUUGAGAAAAACAUUAAGCGAAACAUGUAUAUGAUAGAGGAUUUCCCUGAAGCUUUACAUCUUAUUUCUUCAUUAAUAAGAGCAAAUCCUGAGCAAAGGCCAAAAGCAAAUGAGGUGCUGCACCAUCCACUGUUCUGGGAUGCAGAGAAGAGACUUUCUUUCCUCCGUGAUAUUAGUGAUAGAGUAAGUAAGAACUCUGAUAUUUCUAAAGUGCUCGAAUCUACUGCAGACAUAGUUUUCGAUAUAGAAAGAAUGUGCUUGGUAAAUGUGGUUUUGAGAUGGAACAAAAAGGUGCAUGCCCAGAUAAUCACGCACAUUCUCACAUAUGCGAAAGAGGAUUAUAAGUUUACCAGUGUACGAGACUUGUUGCGAUUUAUUGGAGACAUGUUGAAUCACUACAGACAACUCCCGGAUGAUAUUCAGAUUCUCGUUGGGUCGCUAUAUGAGGGAUUGGACGACUAUUUUACAAGGCGAUUCCCCAAGCUCUUGAUUGAAGUGUACAAAAUUGUGUGCACACACUGUACACAAGAGGAGCACUUCAAGAAAUAUUUCAACUAGAAUAAAAGGGAAAUCUGUGGCACAUUGAGGGGACGUUGAUGGGAACUAUAUUCCAAAUGCAAGUAUACACGAGUAUUUGUUUCGGUUUUAAGUCAAGACCUGAAUAGUGAAAUACGUAAAUAACUUUUUGUUGGCUAACCCUGUAACUACUGAACUGUUCUGUAUCAGCAUAAGUGGCUAACAGUAUGUUUUUGUACUCCUUAUUUUGCAUGUUUUGCAAAUUACG